AUGUCGCAACGAAUAAGAGAUACUACGCUCGCCAGCGGCUUCACAAAGACUAUACAUAAGAAACCAACCCCCGCCUUAGACCCAGCCUCCAAGAAGUUACCAAAGCCGCUCAACGUCCUCAUAAUCGGCGCAUCUCGCGGCAUCGGAGCCGGAAUCGCAUACGCAUAUGCACAAGCGGGUGCCGCGUGUCUUAUCCUAGCAGCAAGGUCAUCUUCAGCCCAAGAGCUAGCAGCAGUCGCCAAACAAGCUCAAACCCUCAACUCUUCGACAACCAUUAAUAGCCUGGAAUUCGACAUAACAUCCAACGAAAGCGUUGCGCAACUUGCGAGGAACGUGAAAGAAAAAGUGGAAAGGCUGGACGUUGUGAUCGUCAAUUCGGGGUACUCAGGACCGGUAGUGUUGAAAGUCGACCAAGGCAAUCCGCAAGAUUUCCAAGAUGUAUUCGACGUGAAUGUACAAGGCACAUAUCUUGUUGCGCACUACUUCAUUCCGCUGCUGAAGGAGAGUGAUGGCGCGAAGACGUUUAUCGCCAUCAACUCCUUUGCAGCAUGCAUCACCAACGGACACAUUGCGAAUACUGCGUAUUGCAUCUCGAAAUUUGCGCAGGCACGUCUUAUCGAAUUCUUGUCGGAACAGUACGGUGCGGAUGGCAUACUAGCGGUUGCUGUGCAUCCUGGGGCUGUGAAUACUGAGAUGGCGGAUAAGACUACACCUGACAGCUUCCGAUCUCACCUCACAGAUGAUGUUGGUCUUGGUGGCGCGUUUUGCGUGUGGUUAAGCAGUGAAAAGCGGAUGUGGUUGAAUGGUCGGUUACUGGGUGCGACGUGGGAUGUUGACGAGUUACUCGAGAAGAAAGCCCAGAUUGAAGAGCAGGACUUGCUAAAAUUUGGCUAUAGGGUUGGCGAUGCUGCGGCCGUCGGGAAGCGAAUAUGA